AGGCGGAAAGAUAAAAGUUAGGGUUUUGAAGCAGGGUAAUGUCUUUCUCUGCCACUCCAACCACUGUUCCACAUCCGCCGCCGCCGCCCACACCACCUUUCCAUCUAAACGAUCGCCCUCCUCUUUCUGAUAUCAUGCCAGAGGCUUCAUCAAAUAUAAGUUCUUUAAUCCGUAAGAAACUGGCCUUGAUUUCCAUCUCACCAACCUCUACCGCUUCUAAUCCCAAGCGCCGCUAUCAACAGAUUUCCGAAGAUAACGAGAUGGCACUUGAUCAAUCUAGUACUCCACCCCGAAAUGUCGUCAAGAUUACUGCCGGUGGGAUGAUACUUGGUUGGAGUGUCGUAUGUGGUUGUAAGGUGAAUUAUCGUAUUGACAGAAUAGAGUCCGAGUGUUUUAGAGUUUCCGACGGAAAGACAACAACUAUAGAUGUACCGUUUUCCAGGGAGCAUAUUAAGUUCGAUUGUCCCUGUGGAGGUCGGUGCGAGAUAAGUAUGACCGUGAAGAGACCUCGAGUAACAAAGGAGAACAAAAAGGUAGUGAAGAAAAAUUAAUAGUUAAUAAUAAGAGAUUUCUGAUUAAAAAUGGUUUCCAAGAUUAAAAAAAUAUCAUUUAUCUAAACUUCAAAUGUAGCUUUGUAAUUAUCAACUGAUCUUUAACAUCUUCUGGUUUAGUGUUAUGGUUUAAUUUCUUUAGUUUGAUUUGCUGUAGAACAUGCCUAAACUUAAUUAUUAUCACAUUAAUCUAA